CGCGGGGAUGGAUGUAAUUCUGCGCGUUUUGGGUUUGCUGUCGGCGCUGGUGGUGGAGGGCGCGCGUUGCCAGGGAGUGUACGCGCCCCCUAGUGUGCGGAUCAUCCACUCAGGACACGCGUGUAACGUGGACGAGGAGCGGCACACGGAGCGAGUCUACACCAUCAGAGAAGGAGAGACUCUGGAGCUCACCUGUUUAGUGACGGGACACCCCAGACCACAGAUCCGGUGGACGAAGACGGCGGGCAGCGUGUCAGACCGGUUCCAGGACUCGAGCGUGUUCAACGAGACGCUCCACAUCGCAAAGAUCCUCCGAACCCAGGGGGGGCGCUACUACUGCAAGGCUGAGAACGGACUGGGCUCUCCGGCCAUCAAGUCCAUCAGGGUGGACGUCUACUACCUGGAUGACCCCAUAGUGACCGUCCACCAGAGCAUCGGCGAGGCCAAAGAGCAGUUCUACUACGAGCGGACGGUGUUCCUGCGCUGUGUGGCCAACUCCAACCCCCCAGUGCGCUACAGCUGGCACCGCGGGAGGGAGGUGCUGACUCAGGGCUCGGACAAGGGCGUGGAAAUCUACGAGCCGUUCUUCACACAGGGGGAGACAAAGAUCCUGAAGCUGAAGAACCUGCGGCCUCAGGACUACGCCAACUACAGCUGCAUCGCCUCAGUGCGGAACGUCUGCGGAAUCCCAGACCGGAGCGUCAUAUUCCGGCUCACCAACAAGACAGCGUCUCCCUCCAUUAAGCUCCUGGUGGAGGACCCGAUCGUGGUGAACCCGGGGCAGACGGUGUCUCUGGUUUGCAUCACCACCGGAGGAGAGCCGCCCCCCCUCCUCACCUGGGUCACCGCCAACGACUCCCUGCCCCAGAGGAGUCAGGUGAAGGGCGGCACGCUCACCCUCCCCGCCAUCAGCUCCGAGGAGGCCGGCGUCUACAGCUGCGUCGCCAGCAACAACGUGGGGAACCCGGCCAAGAAGUCCACCACCAUCGUCGUCAGAUCUUUGAAGAAAGGCCGGUUCUGGAUCACCCCUGACCCCUACCACAACGACGACAACAUCCAGAUCGGGCGAGAGGUCAAGAUCUCCUGCCAGGUUGAAGCCACGCCCCCCGAGGAGCUGACGUUCAGUUGGCUAAAGAACGGUCGCGCCCUGCGGAGCUCGGAGCGAAUGGUCAUCACUCAGACCGACCCCGACAUCUCCCCCGGGACGACCAACCUGGACAUCAUCGACCUCAAGUUCACCGACUUCGGGACCUACACCUGCGUGGCGGCUCUGAAGGGCGGAGGCAUCCCGGAGAUCAGCAUCGACGUCAACAUCUCGUCCACGACUGUUCCCCCCAACCUGACUGUCCCGCGGGGCAAGUCCCCCCUAGUGGUGCGCGAAGGAGACACGGUCGAACUGGAGUGCCUCGUUUCAGGGAAGCCCAAGCCCAUCCUGCUGUGGUCCCGCUCGGACAAGGAAGCCCCGAUGCCCGACGGGAACAUGCAGAUGGAGACGUACGACGGCGUGCUGCGGAUCGUGAACGUGACGCGGGAGAUGACGGGGUCGUACCGCUGCCAGACGUCGCAGUACAACGGCUUCAACGUCAAACCGCGGGAGGCCGAAGUGGAGCUCAUCGUCCAGUACCCGCCCACAGUGGAGCCGGUGUUCACGGAGAUGCGUCAGGGUUUGGGACGUCCCGUGGUGAUGACGUGCCGAGUCCUUCGCGCUCAUCCUUCUCGCGUCCUCCGGUUCGAGUGGCUCUUGUCCAAUCGGCUCCUUCACGCCGGAGCCUUCGACGCUCACAAGGACGAGACGGAGUACACCAUCCGAAACCUGAACCGCGACGGGUGGGGCGAGUACACCUGUAACGUCAUCAACGAGGCCGGAGCGGGCAGGUGCACCUUCCAAGUGACAGGUAAAGCGUACGCUCCAGAGUUCUACUACGACACGUACAGCCCCGUGUGGCAGAACAGACCCAGAGUUUACGGCUUCAAACUGCAGUGGACCCAAAUGAACCCCAACGCAGUGGACCGCAUCGUGGCCUACAGGCUCGGAAUCAGACAGAUGGGUCUGCAGCGCUGGUGGGAGCAGGAGAUCCCGGUGGACGGUCCCAUAAACAAAGGCGAGCUGAUGACGCACAACCUGACGGAGCUGAUCAAACCCGAGUCGUACGAGGUGCGUUUGACCCCGAUCACGCGCUUCGGCGAAGGAGACUCCACCAUCCGCAUCGUCACGUACAGCGCUCCCAUCAACCCUCACCUGAGAGAGUUCCACUGCAGCUUCGAGGACGAGCCCAUCUGUAUGUUCACUCAGGACAAGAACGACGACUUCGACUGGACGAGGCACAGCGCCGCCACGAGGGACACCAAGUACACGCCCAACACGGGGCCCAGCGGCGACCGCAGCGGGUCCAAGCAAGGUACACUAAACGCCCUCCUGAAGCAGAAGGGUCAGACCGCCCCCGACAGCCCCGUGUGGUCCCUCAGUGGUAACCAAGGCGACCGCUGGAAACAGGCCAAAGUCAGCAUCCAUCCCGUCUCCUCGUUCCAGGUGGUGAUAGAGGGAGUGAGGGGCCCGGGGAUAGAAGGAGACAUCGCUAUAGACGACGUGACACUGGAGGAGGGAGAGUGUCGAGACCCACCGCCCAAUCUAAGCUCCAUGGCGCUGACCUCGUCCUCCCAUAUAUGGCUGCUGUGCGUCGCCGCGGUGAUGACCCUCCUCCACGGCCAGAGGUGACCCGACUUCCCGUAAAACUCCACGGAGGCAAACGCUCCGCCCACCGUCUGCGAGACCGGCAUCGAAUUCACCAAAGAACCACGCAUCCAGAACGCUACUCUGCCCCCUCCUGGCCGGCAGCAGAACCAACGACACAGCGAAGGACCGGAAAUACUCUCUAAAGUAAUAAAAAAAAUAAAAAAUAAAAAAAAACAAGCAAAUUUUUUUAAGUGACCUCUUUUACAGAAAAAAAAAAAUAGUCGGACUCGGACACGUUUACGAGCACAAAUGAAACAUCGCAGAGGGAACGUUUGUAAAGCACAACAAUUUUCUGACGGACGAACGGACGCUACGGCCGCGGCCUCGUCGGACACGAACCCCGCAAACAUGGAGCCGAACUGUGCGUUUUUUCUGUUCUAUUUGCAAAUACGCCAACCAUCCUUCUGUUUUUUACAAGUCGGUGCUAUUUGAUCGAUCUGCGGUGGACUACGGCUACAUCUCGCUUGCAUCUCCGUACUUUUUUCUGUAUCUUCAACACUGUGUCACGAGUACAAGUGGCCAC